GCAUAUUUGUUUUGUUUAACGACGCCACUAGAACACAUUCAUCCAAAGUUAGGCACAAAAAAAGACCCACUCGCACUCCUGAACUGGCAUCAGGAAAUCGAAACCCGUGCAUUACAAAUAUCACGACACAAACAAGGGAAAACCACACACAGAUCUGUAAGACAUGCACGUCAACAUCUGGUUUCCAGCAGCUGGUCGCACUGGCCGUGCCUCCCUGGAAUUGUCCAGCGGCAGGUACAUCACCGGGUAUGGCCAAGACACUCUGGCUGAUGACAUAGAGUCGGAAGGAGGACAUCCUGACAAGGUCAUUGAUCUAAAUAGCCUUAAUCUGGACGAGGAAGCGAUUGAGAAAUGGCGGAUCGACUGGAUCAACGGCGGAGCUUGCAUGCUUCUGGGCCCCAACUGCUGCAAGGUUGUGUACGACGCUUUACGAGCAGGGGGGGCUACUUUUAGUCCAAAUGUCAUGUGGUCCCCGGUCAUUCUCUACCGUUAUCUGAUACGGAUAACAGAGGGCUGGAUAAGCCUCGCUGCGUCAUUCAUCAACUCGAUACCGAUCUGAACUUUAUUUGUCGAAAAACGCAACAACAGAAAGUUAGUUGUUCUGGAGCGUAACACUUGUCUGAACUUUUAUUUGUCGAAAAACGGAACAACAGAAAGGUAGUUGUUCAGAAACUCGUCACUU